AAUGAGCGACGAGUACUUUCAGAGUAAUCAAUCACUCUUUGCAGGUUAACCAUGAGUAACCUGGUGACAUUAAACAUCGAUUCAAAAGCAGUGACCGUUCGUUGUUACAAAGAAAUCAGUGGAUGCGGUGAUGGGGGAUGGACGCCGGUCAUGAAAAUCGAUGGCAACAAGAAUACCUUUCAUUAUGACUCACAUCAUUGGACUGAUAAGAAGGAAUACAACUCUCCAGACGGACAGACUGGGUUUGACAACAAGGAAACUAAGCUGCCGACUUACUGGAACACGCCUUUCUCUAAGAUAUGCCUUGGUAUGAAAAUUGGCAACCACACCAAGUUCAUUGACAUCAACAAGCAGGCCGACUCUCUGCACUCACUGAUCGCUGAUGGGAAAUAUCGCAACACGUCACUGGGUGGAGACACUUGGAAGGCGCUCAUUGGUUCAAGGGGCUCCCUGCAGCCCCAAUGUAACAGGGAAGGCUUUAAUGCUGUGUCUGAAGGAAGUGAUCAUUCUAGAGCAAGAAUCGGAAUACUUGGUAACAAUGAAGAUGAGUGCAGAAGUUGUGAUUCCAGAAUUGGGUUCGGUACUGCGGGGAUACCUGAUAAGACUAUCACGUGUGGAAAUGCAGCCUCCGGGAGGUAUGGGUCGGACAAUGGAGAAAAAAAAAUCACAGCAAUGGGGUACAUCUUGGUGCAGUAA